AUGCAGGGAGUUCCGAUGAGAAAUUUCUGGCUGAUGGCAAUGAUGUCGGGUCUCGCAUCAGGUGGCAAAGUCAAGUUGUGUCCGUACAUCUGCCAAUGCCGAGAUGGCAGUGAUCGGGCAUUCUUGUACCAAGAAUGUGUAGAAAGUGCCGAAGGUUGCCAUUAUCAGCCAGGUUGCGAAUGCCUCUUGCCGGAUCACGAUAAACAAAAGACGAUGGACUGGGACGAGUGUGCAGUUUACGACUGCAUCCACGGCAAGCAGUAUUAUCCCGGAUGGUUGGUUGAUGACUUCAAGAACAAUGUUUGCAACGAGCAGUGUCCUGCAGCAGAUAAAAAUGUCAGUUACUACUGUGGGCCUGACGAUCUGCUGAGCUCUCAGCGGCCCAAGUUCCAGGCGUACGGCGAUGUCCAGGAACUUCGUGGGCCCGCAGGAGUCACCAGCCGUGACAUCACCUGGCAUCGGGGCCCACGGCAUCAUUUGAAACUGCAUUACGCUGUGGUGCUGGCUGAGGAGCAGCAUGUCGUGAACUUGGACGAUGUGGAGGAGAUUUGGCGCAUCACCUGUCCGGCCAAGGAUGCGCAACGCAUGGAGUUGGAUUUGAUCUCAUCACGUGCAGCCACGACACUUCGCGAACGCUUUCUGUCCUUGCUGAGCAGCUACCAGAGCUUGGUCGUGGCAGGUGGUCGUGCUUGGGGGUGCAAGAACGGCAAGGAGGCCCCGCAGAGCAUCCUCAAGCGCGUUGUGGGCGUGCGCGGCCUCGAGGGGGUGGUGGUCCUGGACGUGGAGCAGAUCGACUACACACAGGUGUUUCGCCAUGCUAAUGUGUCUUUCCAUGCGCACACGCCUGGUGGACGACAUGUCCUUCAUGAGCAGCACGUGCGCAACGAUGCCGUUGGACUGCAAGAACCGCAAGACGUGUGCCAAUGCCCAAAGGACGAGUGGGAUACCGUGUCAUCCGUUGACUGUGCCCUGAAGUGCUCCUGCCAGUAUGAUGCCACCCUGUCGGGUGGUUGUUCUGACGAUCCAUCUGCGGAGACCAUUCUGUACUACUGCAAGCAGAUCCUGGCGCCAGAGAUCCGAAACCAGCUGGAGACAUACAACUGUUACAGUGGCGGUAAGUGCUAUUGUGGCUGGCGGCGACCGCGUGGAAACAGCACAGCUCCACCUGUUGUCGGAGGCUUUUGGAGUUCCAUCGGAAAUUUCUUCCGAAACGCAUGGCAUGCAGUCCAGCACAUUCCCAGUGACGUAGAGCACAUGGUGGAGAAGGCUGCAGCGGUUGUGAAAGGCAUUGCCACAGGCUCCCUUUCUGGGGACGCCACGGACAGUAUUGCCGGUAUCGCUUGGAACUUUGACUCUUCAUCCGGAGGUGCUUCCCAAACGGACCUGGACUUGGGAAACGGCUUCACUUGUCAUAACUGUUUCUUCGACUUGGGUGCUAGUGUGCACCUGGAGCUGAACAUUCAAGACUACAAGGUGGAGCAUUUGGUGAUGUACUUGGAAGGUGAUGCCAAGAUGCAGUACGACGUCAGCCUCCAACCUCAGUAUUUCCACGCGAGCAACGAUACGGUCAUCUCCACACUAAAGUUGGAUGAGGUGCACUUCAGCAUCGCAGGCAUUCCCUUCGUCAUAGACACGACAGUGCCCAUCAGCUUGGGAUACGAUGCAGUUCUGGAGAUCGGACAGGAUGCCCCUGUGCGCGCUGUGGCAAGUAUCGACGGUUCGUGGAAGGGUGGUGUGGCUUACAGCAGCAAGGACAGCACCUUGCAUCAUAUCGACGAGAGGAAGUUCGAGCCUUCCGGAAAGCUGUCGGCCUCGGCCACUGCUGGCUUUCAAGUCCACUUGUUCCCACAGGUGGUUUUUCUGUGCGACCACCUGGGUGGACCCACUUUGGGCCUGAAGCCUUCGGUGGAUGUGGUGGUGGGCGCAGCGGUUGGCUCGGAGACUUGCCCUACCGACAGGGCUCUCGAGGCAGGCCUCUUUGCGCAGAUCCACUUUGGCCUUCAGGUUGCCUUAGGGGCGAAGAUCGACAUCGAGCUGGCGGGGGUUCCAGUCUGGAAGCGAUCGUGGCCGGCCUUGCUGUCCCACACCUUCAAGUGGCCAUUGCUCUCCUCCUGCGUGUCCUCUGAUGGACAAGGGGGCUUCGCCGCCACGCCCAGUUUGCUCCCGGCUGGGGCGCAGCCUUUGGCGACUGGUGUGGCCUUCACGGGCACCUUGAUGCCGGACACUUCCAGGGGUGUCUGCGCAAGGUACCCAGCCGUUCCCCUGACCGUGCAGCUGACCUCGGAGCAAGAUGCACAUCUGCUUUCGAAGCAGCCCAAACACGGAUUUGGGUUUCCCCCGCAAGAUGUUGUGUUUACCACAGCUCAGAACGGAAGGUGGGCUUUUCCUCUGCCUGGCGAGAGGAACGAUGUCAACUACAACGCCUUCGGGAGCUUGCAGUUGGACUACCAGUGGUCAGGCGAUCAACUUGGGAGUGUUGUCGACCGGGCCUCCUGCCAAGCAGGAUCCGCGCAGAAAGCAUGCUAUACUUUCGUGUACGACAGCUCCCCGGACUUACCGCAGGUGGGUUUGCCAGAAUUCAUUUGGGUUGCAGACCUGGCCCCGGACAUGUCCGAGAUCACACUGCAGAAGCCUGAUGCGGGUUCCUGCUACCAUUAUCCCGUGUCCUUGAAAAGGACCCACGGCCAAAGGCGCUUCUCGUCACAUACUGACAGCGAAGCAGUCUACGUUUAA